AGCGCGUGAGGGAGGGAGGGACUGACAGCGCUGGCGCGCGCGAGGUGCUGGGGUGAGAAGCAGCGCGCGCGGCCGUUUGGAACAUAAGUGGGAUUUAUUUCUGUAGUACUUUGAGUCCACACGCAUGUAACAACUACCCGCAGCUGGAUACCAAAGGGUUAGUUUGCAUACUGAGGCGUUAUUUUAUAGUGUUGACGUGUGUUGUGGUUUCAUUUUGAAGCGCGCAAAUCUGAGACUGGAACUGUUGCGUGUGAGAUUUCACAGAGUGUAAACAAGACUGGACUGAAAUCGCAAAUGUGACGUUUAAAUGUCAAGAAUCUCUAAGGGGGGCGACAGGGAGCGAAUGACAUCCAACCAUGAGACAUAUCUACUUAUGGCCAGCACACAGAAUGACAUGGAGGACUGGGUAAAGAGCAUCCGCAGGGUGAUAUGGGCUCCAUUUGGAGGAGGAAUUUUUGGUCAGAAGUUGGAAGAGACGGUUCGAUAUGAACGUCGUUAUGGCAACAAGAUGGCGCCCAUGCUGGUGGAGCAGUGCGUGGACUUCAUCCGCCACAGGGGUUUACGAGAAGAAGGGCUCUUCCGUUUGCCUGGACAAGCCAACCUCGUCAAAGAGCUUCAGGAUGCUUUCGACUGUGGAGAGAAGCCGUCUUUUGACUGUAACACAGACGUUCACACCGUGGCAUCAUUGUUGAAGCUGUAUUUAAGAGAGCUGCCUGAGCCAGUCAUCCCGUUCUGUAAAUACGAAGAGUUUCUGGCCUGCACCAAACUCCUCAGCAAAGACCAGGAUGCAGGAAUGAAGGAAUUAAGAAAGCAAGUAGAAGGUCUACCUACAGUAAACUACAAUCUGCUUAAAUACAUAUGCAAGUUUUUGGAUGAAGUUCAGUCCUACUCAGGUGUGAAUAAAAUGAGUGUACAGAAUCUGGCUACAGUCUUUGGGCCAAAUAUUCUGAGGCCAAAGGUUGAGGACCCAGUGACUAUAAUGGAAGGCACAGCACUGGUUCAGCAGCUGAUGGCUGCUCUGAUCGGUCAGCACGAUGUUCUUUUCCCACCCGAUGAGGACCACAGUAGCACCCUGGAACUGGUUAAUAAUAACAACAAUGAGACUCAGAAACGACCUACGAAUGGUCAGCUACAAAACAAAGAGAACAAUAACACCAGUGGGGUGCGACAGUGCACUUGGGACGCACCAGAAUCACCCAGCCGGGUUCCUCUGGACAACGGCUCUCCCCGUUCGGGCAGCCCACGUAAUGGUUUUACAGGACAGCGUUUCGAGGUGGCCCGCAGUCCGCCACUAGCAGUGAAAAAGAACCCAGCGUUUUGCAAAGGGAGCGGGAUUGUCACCAACGGAUCAUUCAGCUCGUCAUCGUCAUCCUCAGGUGACGCCAAUCAGGAGAAAAGUCAGGCUCUAUCAAACAUGGGAACCCUCCAUGCACGUCGGACGGGUGCGAUAAAAGGCUCGGGCACCAAAAUGGGUGUCCAGAAUAGCAUCGUUCGAAUGGGCGUAUCCAGCACAGACGUGACGAAUGGGACUCUAAAUGGACGGAAUGGACUCUGGGUUCCCAACGGUCACGCCACGAUGCGCGAGGCUAAAAGUCGAGACGCAGAGCACCAGCAGAACCGCCUGUCCACGUACGACAACGUCCACAUCCAUCAACAGCAGAUGACACAGCCCUGUCUGAGCAGCAGCUGUGAGGACAAACAGAGCUUGGAUAGCGCCACAUGGUCCACCUCGUCUUGCGAGAUCUCCCUUCCCGGAAACUCGACUUCUUGCCGCUCCUCCACAACCACGUGCCCAGAGCAGGACUUCUUUGGCAACAACUUUGAGGAUCCUUUGUUGGAAGGGCCGGUACAGGAGGACAGCGGACCAGCGGUGGACGAUAGGGAGCAGCGGACCAGUAACAGUGGAGGCCGGGGAAGCAGAGGAACCAGCAGCAGCGAUAACAGCGAAACCUUUGCCAUUACAAAUGGGCCGAGCAAUCACAGUGCACUGCAUAGCCUGGUGGCCAGUCUCAAACAGGAAAUGCUCAAGCAGAAGAGUGAAUACGAGGCAAGGAUUAAGAGUCUGGAACUUCGGAAUCUAGAGUUGGAGACGGUGAUGGCGAAUCUACACGAAGAGCUUGACCAGGAGAAGAAGAAAUACACCAUGGUGGAGAUCAAGCUGAGAAACGCAGAGCGAGCCAAGGACGACGCGGAAAAGAGAAACGAGAUGUUGCAGAAAGAGAUGGAGCAGUUCUUUUCCACCUUCGGAGACCUGACCGCAGACCCGCGACGGCCCGACAGAGCCAACACCAUCUGGAUCCAGUGAGCCGUUAACAUUUCUCAACGACCAGUCGUGUUACAUUGCAUGGGCUUGAGUUCAGACAGAACGGGACUUAAUCAACCUUCACAGCAUCUUUGCACGUUCGGUGCAAAAGUUCGACACGGCUGAGUGAAGCCCAUUGAGCCAAAAUUUUCAGAACUGAAGGUGGACCAGUUUUUGGAUUGAACCAAUUGGAUCAUGAAAAGGGAUGAUGGGACGAUAAGGUGAGAUGUUUGUCAAAACGAAAAGAAGGUGACUCAGAGUAUUGACCAGAGAGUGAACGGUAAGAGGAACUCGAAGAGAUUUUAAUGAAUGAAUUACAUGAAUGAACAUUGAGUUUUAGAUGAUGGAAAACUCCUGAAGGAAGACAGAGGCACGAAUGUCACUCGUAUUUCUUCUUGUGAUCCAACCAAAUGUGUCCUUGAGCUGUCAUGUGUCCUCUUGUGUACAUAAACAAUGUUCAAAAUUCCACGAUGAUAAACAAAUGUCUGUAUAAAUGCAAAUUAAUGUUUAAUGUAUGUACUGAUAUUUAAACAGAGAAUUUUCAAUGUGUUACGUAUACAUUUUAUAUCAAGGCUUUUCCUUGCACUUAAAGCAUACGAGUUGCUAUGUUGUUUUUCAGUGUGGUACGAUGUGAGAUGUGGCAAAUUUUUCAACAUCAGUCUUGCCUGUUGCUUUUUUGCUUAAUUUAUCACCGCAUAUAAAACAUUUUCUUCAUCAGUAUUAAAAAGAAUAUAUGUUUUUUAGGCAUAAAUCUAACAGUUAAGGGCAGGUUUUGCUUAAAAUAAUAUAUAUAUAUAUAUAUAUAUAUAUAUAUAUAUAUAUAUAUAUAUAUAUAUAUAUAUAUAUAUAUACACACACAUACAUAUUAUGAUAAGGUGUUUUUAUUCAAAAUAUUGAUGAAGAACCUGAUUUUUUGCAGUGUCACAGUGUUCUCCACAUGACCAAAACCAAGUAGACGAGGAGAGCUGUAAAUACUUGUGAAAACAGUGCAAGUGCUCAGCCUGUCUUUAUCGUUGGUGCAUGUCACACAUCAUUUGCUUUCAGCGGUGCUAGACGGGAGGAAGUCUGUUAAAAUGAAGUCUGAGAUGGGGUUUGUUCAUCUCCCGGACCAUGUGGGGUCAUUUGCCUUGUCGCAGCUGUUCAUGCUUCUACUGUAGCGCGAUGCAUUUAUUGAAAUGCAAUGAAAUUAAAUUAUGUGACCUCA